AUGACUCUUGGUGGCUUACUUAUCAAUCGUCGUACCAAACGACAGUAUCGUUUAGAUGGAUGCCGUCGAUCACGUAAAAAUCCUUUAUUAAAUUUAGCACGACCAUUUUUAUCUUUAUUAACUGGUUCACAAUUACCAAAUGUUGUUGAUUUACGUCCAUUUUUAAGUCCAAUUGAAGAACAAUAUACAUUUGGUUCAUGUGUUGGUAAUGCAUUAGCAUCAAUAUUAGAAUAUUUUUAUUAUUAUACAACUGGUCAUAUAAAAAUAUUUAGUCGUUUAUUUAUUUAUUAUAAUGCUCGAAUGAUGGAAGAUGAAAUAUCACAACGAAAUGCAACUAAAACAGAUUCUGGUGCUGAUAUACAAUAUGCUAUUGUAAGUUUAAUUAAAUAUGGUUGUUGUGAAGAAAAAUUUUGGCCAUUUUAUGAAUAUCUUAUUAAUAAACAACCAAAUUAUGAUGCAUAUGAAAAUGGACAAAAUUAUUGUUUAAAUGAAUUUAGUCGUCUUUCAAAUAAUAUCAAUCAAUUACGACAAUGUCUUGCUCAAGGUUAUCCAUUUAUAAUGGCUAUUAAAAUAUUUUCAUCAUUUGGAUCAAAUCAUCAUGGUUAUAUACCCAUGCCAAAAAAAUAUGAAAAACCAUCACAAUAUCGACAUGCUAUUAUUUGUGUAGGUUAUAUACAUUCAGAACGUGUAUUUAUUAUACGUAAUUCACAUGGUAUUCAUUGGGGUGAUCAUGGUUAUGGUUAUUUACCAUAUGAAUAUGUUAUAGAUAAAAUUUUAACAAAAGAUUUAUGGGCAUUAAAAUCAAUUAAAAAUAUGAUAUCAAUACGAAAUGAAGAACAUAUGACAUGGAAUAAUUUUCCUAUGUUAUCAAAAUCAUUUAGUCAACAAGAUAUGAUUGAUGAUCGAUCACAAUGUGAUAUUGAAUAUUCAAAUGAUGAAGAUAAUGAACAAGAUGAAUCCGAAUUAGCUAAUAUUUCUAAACAAUAUCAGCGUCAUUAUUCACAAGAAUCGGAAAUAGAACGUGCAGCAUCACCAGCACAACUUGAAGAAAAUCAUUUCAUACAACCAUCUUUAUUAAAUUACUAUCCAAUAGCUUAUAAUCCACCUCCGACUAUAUUUAUGAAUACAUCUGUAAUGGGACCUUUUCCUUAUAAUAAUUCAUCUAUGUUUUAUCCAACAUCUUUCUUUAGAUCAUUUUAA